AUGGGGCAUGAAAAAGAGAUGGAUGCCACCUUACAACCAAUCAUGGGUUCGGUAUCCCGGCGAACCAGACGGCAGUGGGACGCCUUUUACAGAAACCUCGAAAUCAACACAAAGAGGCCUCAUCGCAGUCGAGAUAAGUUCUUAAAGGAGGAGGAGGAGCCUUCUUCUGUCAAGAAAUCCGAUUCCACAGAUGAUGAUGAUGACUAUAAACGGAACAAAAACAGUAAUUACAGAGUUCAUGUGGCGGAGAAGAAUAAGAAGGGUUCAAAAAGAAGAAAAGUAGUGGUGGCCAGGACUCAGUUUGUAAUUGAUGAGGAACUGGAUUUGAUUAGCAAUUUAGUGGAGGAUUCAAGAUUCAAAGAAAAGUAUAUCCAUACUCGUGUAACUGUUGAUGUUAAUGCAACGAGCCAAGGCACUCUGCCAUUGAAGUUCAAAUUUGAGGAUGAACAGAAGCAGCAAGACUCCUCUUUGGCAGAUUGGGAAAAGGAAAUCAAUUCUCUCUUUCUUAAUCUGGAACUGGGCCUCUGGGAAUCUGAAAUUGGACGCUUAACUUCCUCCAUGAGUGAUGAUGAAAGCACCGAACAUAUAGAUGAAAGUCCAGAAGGCCGUUGUGAGCGAGGGGAGCACGAUAUUGUCUUGGACGAACAGAUUGGGAUCGUAUGUAAAUAUUGCGAGGAUGUGCUACUCGAUAUAAAACACGUUUUACCGCCUUUUGUACUUCGGGAAAGUCGUCGUCGUCACCAUUAUAAAUACUACGAGGAUCCAGACAACUUCACCGAAUCCCAGUUUCAGGGCUCAGCUAAUUGCGCUACUACUCUCGAGUCUAGUGUUCAUUCUCAAGAAGGCGGCACAGUAUUGGACCUCAUCCCUGUGGAUGCUCACAAAAAACUGUAUACUCACCAAUUGGAAGGGCUGGAGUUCCUGUGGAGGAACAUAGCUGGGGACAUCCGAAUGGACAAGCUGGAGGAGAGGCUUCCGACCAAGGGUGGCAGAGGCUGCAUAAUCUCACAUGCUCCCGGCACUGGAAAAACCCGUCUCACCAUAGUCUUCCUGCAGACGUUCAUGCGUCUCUACCCGACUUGCCUCCCUGUCAUCAUAGCGCCCCUCUCCAUGCUCAAUACUUGGGAACGGGAGCUCAAGAAAUGGAACGUCGACAUCAAAUUCCACAUUCUCAACAGAAAGAAGCUUUCCCCACAGGAAUCUUCUGCUGUUUAUUCUAGCCUACUUCCAGAGAAUCAUAAGGACUACACUCGACUGGUGAAGCUGCGUUUGUGGAUGAGUGUUGGGGGUAUUCUUGUGGUUAGCUAUGGUUUAUUCGAGAAGUUGGCCGGAGAACAUUACGAGAAACAGCAGCAGCGUAGUAGCAGCAACAAGAAUUACAAUGAAGAGGUGAGGAAAAUACUGCUCGAGUUACCAGGUCUGUUGGUGAUGGACGAAGGGCACACAGCAAGGAGCGAGCAGAGCCUCAUGUGGAACACUCUAAGAAAGGUGAAAACAAAGAGGCGUGUGAUGUUAUCCGGAACCCCAUUCCAGAACAACUUCACUGAGCUUCACAACACCUUCUGUUUGGUCAAUCCCAGUUUUGCCAGGAAGCGCAAGUUGUUGGUCAACGAUUGGUUGGAUCCGGAUGAUCUGAAGAAGCUGCGAUUGGAGAUGGAGCCUUUUGUCCACACGUACCAAGGCAGCAUACUCGAGAAGAAUCUCCCCGGAUUGAAGGACUGCCUCAUCCUACUAAAACCGACCGACCUGCAGAAGGAGCUGCUCGGGGAGAUAUCUCGAUCUGAAAAUUUUCUCGGUCAGGAUCACCUGACAUCCCUCAUCUCGGUCCACCCGUCGCUGGUUGCCAGAAGAAGAAAAUUCUCGAAUCACAAGAGGAUGCUGGAGGGGCUCGAGUCCGACCCGGAUGCUGGAGUGAAGGCACGUUUUCUGAUUAAGCUGAUCCAGCUGUCGGGUCAGGUGGGCGAGAAGGUUCUGGUUUUCAGCCAGUUCAUUCCCCCACUUCGCCACAUCAUGAGCCUUGUGACACGUCAUUUAUCCUGGGCCGAGGGGCGGGAGGUGAUGUACUUGGACGGGGAUAUAAAGAUGAACGAGCGGCAGAGGGUGAUCGACUCGUUCAACGACGAAAGAGGAAGGGCUAAGGUGAUGUUGGCUUCGAGGGGAGCGUGCUCGGAAGGAAUAAACCUGGUGGGGGCUUCGAGGGUGGUGCUGCUCGAUGUAGUGUGGAACCCAUCCGUGGAGAGGCAGGCCAUAUGCCGAGCCUACAGGCUGGGCCAAGAGAAGGUGGUUCAUGUGUACCGCCUGCUCAUUCAGGAGGAGGUGAACAAGUACGCGAGGCAGCUGGAGAAAGACCGAGUGUCGCAGCUUUUGUUUAGUGCGCCCAAAACGUCAAGGACCACCACAAAUGAGGCCGCUUUUGUUGAGGAAGAUAAACUGCUGGGGGCCAUGGUUAGGCACAAGAGUCUUGGCAGUAUAUUCCACAGGAUUAUUCCCCAGCCUAAGGAUUCGGAUUUCACUCUUACUUUACUCCAAUCUUUAACUAACUCUGCUACCUCAUGAUCAACUCUGCAACACCCACAACAUUUUUUUUUUUUCCUUUUUCAGUUUUUCAUUCUUAGCAGAGUGAUGAGAUAGUACAAGAUACAAAAGACUAUAGAAUCAGAAUGGAUAGACUCUUCCAGUCCAGCUUUUACUUCAUUUGCUGUGCUUCUACAAUUCAGGAUCCAAUCUAUUAUUGAGCAUAUAAUCAUAAAG